AUGAAUGCGUUUUCUUGGAGGCUUGACACCUUCAAGAAUCUCUACAAUGACAUUACUCGUGCAAGAGAACUACCUUCUACUGCCUCUAUAAGAGAUUUAAGCCACAAGCUACAAACUGAGAAACAUUCAUUUCUAAUUCUUUUGGAUUUUCCGCAAAAGACUGGCAAGAGAGACGCUUUCAAAAAGGACCCGAACAGUGAAGAUCUAGAAUUCGAAUUCACCGGCACAAAGUACUUUAUAAGGCCAGAGUUCGCUGAUCAGAUUCUGUUAUUCUCUGAUAUUUUCAAUCUUGAUGAAUAUCUAGCGGCACACAUACUACUAAAGUCCAAUGAACAACAAGCAUCGAUUUACCAAAAAAGUGCGGUCGAAACGGCCAUGAUCUAUUUUCUUUCAGAACGCAGUUUCAUGCUUGCGUGUCUUGAAUUGAUUAUUCAGUAUGCGUAUGAUAAGGAAUUGCCUCCGGAUCUUAGAGAUCUAUAUUCACGAUUCGUGCAAGAUUUGAUCAGGGAAUACGAAUCGAAUUCGGCUUUGUCCUACUCUUUCGCUCUGCAUAUAUUGAAAACUAUUCAAUUAUUGAAAGCACAAAUUGAUCGAUUCCAGACCGAUAUAAAGACACCGAUGCAACCGAAUGGCACUCUAACUUCAAUUCAACGCGUAUCCUUCGAAUCCGCAAAUGAUGGCAUUAAUGAUUUGAAUCAACAGUACCUGAUAUUAGGACGCGUGCUCUAUCAUUUUUCAUACAAUUUUCAGCUUAAUCCAGAAGAAAUAAUGGAAGUUACAAAAUUGCUGCAUAAAAUUGAUCAUCAAAAUAUAAUUAUACCUCAUCUAAUAAUGUCCUUACUGGCGUCAAUUGAUAUUGCAAAAGAGAACGCUACUGACCUUACAGUGUCAUUCAAAAGAUACGAAGCCUUGAAAAACGAUCAAAGUUUCAUAAAGAAUUUUAACAAGUUGCUCGUUAACGACGUGAAAAAGAGCGGAAAUGGCUGGGAAAUCAAAGGGAUUCAUGAGAUAAUUCUUUUACAGUGGAUAUUGUUUAUAUGGGAGAUACUUCCACGAAAUCCAUCGUUAAGAAAAGAAUUAAAUCUUACAGAAGAUCAGUUGCUCCAAUUAGCAAAUGAAGUCAUCCAAAAAGAUGUUUUUCAGUUAAUAAUAAAAUAUUUCUUGGAAUUUCAAAUAACGAACGAUGCACUCGAUGAGGACGAUCCUUUAUCACCGCUUCAGGGUAAGAUAUUUUCCAAAGAUCCAGCUCAAAAAAUAACUGGUUUCUCGAUUGAGGAUGAAUUUCAAGAUAGUGUUAUAAAACAGCUUCAGUCACUCGUUAGAUCCUUUAUCUCAAAAAUGAGUCAAUGCAUACAACAAAUAAAACGUCGUGAAGAAGAUGCUAUUCAGGCAGCAAAACUACCGCAACAACCUACAUCGUCGAAAACGAAAGACACCGUUUCGGACUUGCGUCAUGAUUUGGCUGUCUUCUUCUUCUUAGUCGCUAUAUUAUAUAGGUCACCUGACAGCGGGUUAAAAUUUUGGGAGAAUAGGUCUUUUUUGAAAUUUGGGACAAGCGUGAGUGAGGCAAGAAUGAUUCGUGCUUAUUUGGAGAUGCUAUGCUCCCUCGCAACUGGCCCAAAAAGUAGCGAGCAGGCAGAUAAAUUUCUUUCAAUUGAGGAUCAGAAUACGGAAUGGUGUUCUUGGAAAAUGCUUGAUAAAGCAUUAGUCUUAUAUGGCUCACCACCAGCGAUCAGAGUUUCCCCAGGAGCAUCUGGCAUGCAAAGCCAAACCGACAAUAAGAUCCGACCAGACGAAAGCUCCAUUUUAAGUGCAUUUAUUCGAGUUCAAAGUCAAGUUGUUCAACAUUCGGAAACGGCACAGAAUCGAUUUCAAAAAGAGAAUGUUGUGACCAAACUUUUCACGCUAUUGAAUCGUGAAUUGAUGCCUAAAUUGAAAGCAGCAGUUAUCAAUUCAAUAGCCGCAUUUUGCAAAUCAAUCCCUGGAAAUGUCAAUAACAUCGUAUGGGAUGUCUGGAAAUUUUUAGAGAAUAGUCAACUUGUUCACACUAUUCCAAAGCAAACACCGCUUGGCUCUAGUUCUCAGCCUAUUACGCCUCCUGGAGGUAGCGGUAUGAAAAAAGAGCUUACAGAGUCCGAAUCCGUAUAUCAAACUUAUCCGCAAACUCUAGCUUUUCUGAACCUAAUAAACACCUUAAUUCAAAUCGACCAUGAGUGUGCAGGAUUACUUUUUGGCUUUCCUGCAGUUGCUUCAAGUAUCCCCUUGGAUCUUGGAUCGACAUACCGAACUCCUGGAAUAACACCUUAUAUAAGCUUUAUUAUUGACAGUGUUUUUAUAAAAGCCCCUUUAAGAAGCUAUCGAAAUCCUUUGGAGAAAUGGAAAGUUAUGGCGAAAUCCUUGGAAAUUAUCGAAAAAUGCUUGCUUUCAUUCGAGUUGACUGGAUCAUUAUUUCAUAACAUUGGUGCUCAUCAAUCUGCUAUACGACAAGAUGGAUCUGGUCGCAGUCAGAACAUGGAAUCUUCUAUAAAUGUUGAUAUCGUUCGCUCCUUGAGUCUUCACCCAGGAUUUGAUAUAAUGAAGCGCCUUUUAUCAAAAUCGGGACUCAUUGAGGCUAUGUUUGACUGCAUAAAUGACGCUGGUAUUAAGUUGUCCGAAAAUAGCGAAAAAACUCCAUUUUUCAAAGAAACAGUUUUACGUGCUUUAAGAAUUAUCGAUAUGGCAUCUCAAAAGGAAGCAAGAUUCUCGCGUAUAUUGAUUCCUUUGGUUCGUGAAAAUAUUCCUGGAAAUUUUGAAAAUGUUUUCCUAAGUCAAAGUAAAAUUGUCAUACAGAUCGCUUUACUUUUGAUAUGUGGCUAUGAUGAUAUAUGUUUAUAUGCUGUUAAAAUAUUAUUACGUCUUAGUCGAUAUAAAGCAUUCAGCGAUGUAGACAGGACUGACGGUCGUGGGAUCAAUAGACUUGUAAAAAUACUUGCAUCGUCUGAUGAAUCUGACCGAAUAUUGUCAGGAUUUGUUGAUCAUUUGGAAAACGGCCGGGGCGAAAACGACCUUAAUACUAUAAUUGAUUAUGAGGAAGAUAGUAUUAUGCAAAUAAUGGAAGGAACUUCGUUAGGACAUUUUCUAGAAGAGAAUAUUGACGUUUCAUCACAAUCAGUGAGGCUCGCCAUUGCGGACUUAAUUUUGGAUAAUCUAAGACCAGGCGUAAGGUCACCAACAAUUGCACAUUUUCUUCUUGGAUAUGAAUUUGAAGGAACCAUGCGCAAAGCAACAAUCCAAUUUAGUAAUGCAUAUGAUACAAAAAGAAGCUGCUUUGAUUUAAUUUUAAGUUUGUUUGGACAUUCGAAUAAAGAGCUAGAUUUAAAUGACGAAGUCAGAAGUUCUGAGUUUGCUCAAAAUAAUCCUUCUCUCGCUGCUCGAUUCUAUGAAAUAAUAUAUCGACUCUGUUCAGACAGUAGGACUUCAGAACCGACAAUGAUACAUCUUCGAACAAUCAAUUUUUGUGCCGGUCAAUUUAAAGCAUUACCCAUUCACGUUACAAAGCCUCAAUCUUCUGAGAGAGUUGAUGACAGCACUCUUAUCAAGCUUGAUAAUACAAAAAUGAAAAUCGAUUUUAAUACCAUUACUUUUAACCUCGAUCAGAGAACUUGGCUGUUUAAAAUUCUUGCUCUUGAGCUUCUGAGAUGUCAAAUAUACUCUCAAAUUGCAAGAUUGUUGUCUUCAAUGCUUGGAAGUGAUUCCAUACAAGAGUGGGACCAUGAACUGAGCAUGGAUGAAGAAACCGAUAACUCAGUAUUGAAUGGCCAAGAUGAUAGUCAAUCAAUGGCGAAACUCUUAGAAUUACUUGACAUGCUAGAUCAUCAAUGGAUAGAUGACGAAUGGGCUCUUGGUAAUUUUCAACGGCGUUAUUUUGAUCGGCUGGACAUUAAUACUUAUACAACUAAGAAUAAACGAGGCACUCCUAUCUAUGCUAUUCGAGAUAUUUAUACAGCUUUACGAUCGUUAGGUAACAGUUUGAGAAAACAUGGGGCUGUUAGUAAUAUACAAGAAAUGGAACAAGAGUUUCAUAUGAUCUUAAGAUUUUGCUAUUCACAUAAUCGUCGCACUGAAUAUGAAUCUAUAAAGCUCGAGUGUUAUAGAGGCUGGCGUGAAGUAACAGAUGUUAUCAUUUAUAAUCACUAUGAAAUUCUAAAUUUUGACCGGCGAGAACCAAUCAUUAUCGAAAUUGUUACUGCAUUAUUACCAAAAAUACGAUCUAAUGAGUACUUAAUCACAUCUCACAUUCUGAGUUAUGUACUCGUGUCAGCCAUGUCGAAAUUGUGUCAAGAUCGUCGAUCUCAGUCCACAUUACAAAUUAUGACCAAUGAGAAUACUUUGUCAUUAAAAACAAGAUUACCUCCUGAGAAGCUUCAGGAUAUUUUCAGAUUAAUUAUUUAUGGAAUAAUUGCAGGCUAUGCAAAUACGGAGAUGCGAAUGAACUUUUAUGUUGCCUUAUACUUAUACUUGCAAUAUUGCAGCCCUGAAUCAGAGUAUAUAAUUUCACCAUCAAAUUCCCACACUGUCGAUAAUUCAAGGGAUGUAAGCUCAAUGUCAUUACUUGGAGGUGGUGCGUCAAGAAUGUGGGGCUCUUCGUCGACACGUGUUAACGGUUCUAAUCAAAAACUUAUUGCAGCCAAUUUCGCUAUGCUUAAAGAAUUGGGUGAUCGUUUGCUUAAUUUCUUAAGAUCUGAUGCCUCAGCUGGACAUGUUGCUGUACAAUUAUCCGCAAUAACAACGUUGAAUUCCUUGUGUGAUUUAUAUAAACGUGAGAGAGAUAACUCGGUGGUUGAUUAUCUGAUGAAAGCUCAUUUUGUCACCGAAACACUACAAGAAUUAAAACGUAGUGAUGAUUUUUUGAGACAUUAUUAUGGAAGAUCAUCAGCCGAUCAAUCAAUCUUGCACGCGGCAUAUUUAUUUGAGUCAAGGAUUGCUUUGCUGAUUCGCAUUGCCCAACGUCCUGAAUUUGCCAUUAAACUUUUGAAUUUUGGAAUUAUCGAAUAUUUGGAAAAAAUGACCUUCUUAGAUGAGCGUCCAACAUACAAUAGGACUGCAGCAGAUUUACAGGGAAGAACUGGUUAUCUUCGUUACCAUCAACUCUUGCUUUGGAUACUUCGUUUAGUAGGCUCUAUACUCACAAGUGCUGGUCACAAUAAUAUUGUUGGACUAAACAAAGUCUUGAAAUUUAUAAAUAGUCAUCAGGGUGUACUGGCAGAAAUUUUCACCGAUUAUGUUUCGCCGGUAUCUCAUGAUGAUGACGAAAUCUGUGUGAUUUAUCUCAAAGUUCUUUGUGAAGUAGUUUCUAUAUUUUACUACGUAGGCAAUGGAAUUGAAUCUUUGGAUAAAGACCGCCAUGAAAAAAGACAGCCAACUUUUUAUAGUUUGCUUAAAGAAAACAUAGCACGAUACUUUUUCUUUGGUGAUUGGCGAUCCCAGAUGAUGGAUGAUGAGGAAGAAAAGAGAUUUAAGCAUAUGCACAAAUUUUUAAGACAUCUUAACACGAACCUUUUAGCAUGGAGUUAUCGAGUCACAGAAUUUACGAGCGCUGCUUCCGAAUAUAGACCUAUUUUUGUUGCGUCACUAGAAACUGCCAAUAGAAGAGAUGAGACCCAAACCGAAAAGGAACCGGAACUUUCUGCUCUGGUAAUUUGCCUAAGAACUUUGGUGGAAGGGUUGUUUAAUUUGUUGCAAAGGUUUCAUGAGGAGUCGCAGAAGCUCGACAACUAUAAUUUGAUCUCACAAGCGGACAUUGACGAGAUUCUGACAAAGAUCUCGGAGAACUAUCCCCAACUACUUAACAACGAGCAGCGAAAAACAUUAGCUAUUCAAGAAUUACAUAAAAUGCGUCUAGAAACAUCCAGAAAUAUCAACAGCUGUCUAAACGAUCUUGAAAUCGCAUUACUUUUACUAUGGCGUCACCUUGAAUACUAUUUGGCUUCAAAGUCCGGAUCCCCUACAAACUUUUCCGAACAGCCUAUUAGCAUGUCUUCCAUGACGGCAACAGUUUCCGAAAGAUUACGAACGGAUACGCAGUUGCACUUGAAAUCUUCAUUUGACAAAUUAGCUACUCUGGAUAAGAACCUGACGAAAGAGGUCAUCGACAAUUACAAGAUGAGAAUCACCUAUAUAUAUAUGUUACUUCGAAAAAUAAAUGCAAUAUUCGGCUCACAAACUUAA